UGAAUGCAAGUCUUUUUGUUUCAAGAGUUUCUACAGUACCAAAAAACUUCUAGCACGUUCUAGAGAACUUGGCUCAAAAUAUCAAAGUAUCCGCAGAAAAAAUUCGCAUCGACUAUGAUACUUAUCAUUUAUUAUCAAAAAUAUAACAAGACAGAUUCACUGAUAUUUAUAAGAAUUAUUGUAAAAAUUUUAGCAAAUUAAAGAAUAAUUUCUGUCAAAAAUAUAUAUAUAUAUAAUAAUAAUAUAAACUUCAUUUUAUAUCAAGUAUUUUAUUAAUUAAAAAUGCAAUAAACAUCCGAAAUGUAAUAAAAUUGAUCGAUUAAAUCUAAACAUUGGCUCUUGCCGUAAUACGCAUUGAAUUACAAUUAUUAUUUAUUUUUGUCAAUUAUAGAAGAAACGAACCUCAUUAAAAUUCUGUUUAUUUAAAUUAAUUUAUCGACGAAUCCUCUUUAUAAAUAUAUAAAGAAUAUCUUCUUUAUAUAUUUGAAAUUUAUCCAGUUACAAUUGAUCACCACUGAGCGAAUACAUUUAAUAUCGAGCAACAGUUCUCUAUAUGCUAUAUUUUAAAAACAGCUGUUUACAUCGAGGUUGGAAAAUGUAAUGCAAUAAUGCAACUGAUACAGCCUAACUAAUAAUAAUAAAAAAAAAAUACCUUCACAAUGAAUCGUCAUCUUUAAAGUAUUAUGUCUGAUCAAUAAAAUUUUAUAACAUGUGAUAUUUCUAACAAAUAUGGAAUUUCAAAAUAUACUUCUAAUAUAUCAUAUCUUAUUUACUGUACAAAACACUUAUGGUCUUCAUAGAAAUCUGAAAUACUAUGAAACUCUCCAUAUAUCUCAUUUUCAACAUAACAUUGUAAAACGUGGUAUCCAGCAUAGUUAUCAUCCUUAUAAUAAAAUAAACGAAUUAGAAUUUUAUUCCCAUGGAAGAUAUUUUCGAUUAAUUUUAACACCAAGAAGAGAAGUUAUUCAUUCCAAAUUCAAAGCAUACGAGGUAAAUGGUAAUGGAGAAGAAAAGACUAUACAUUUAGAUCAUGAAAGUUUUUAUCAUGGACGAGUGUUUGGUGAAAUUGACUCUCAUGCACAAAUGCAUAUCGACAAUGGUAUUCUUACUGGUAGUAUUACUAUUUCCGAUGAAACAUUUCACAUCGAGCCAUCUUGGAGACAUCUUCCCCAUUUAGGAAAUGAAACAAUGAUUAUUUAUAAAUCAUCGGAUGUUAAAUUAAGUUGGGAACAUUUUGAACAUGGGGAAGGGCAUACCCACGGUGCUCCCAAAACUUGUGGAUACGUAAAAGAAGAAUUAGACAUUCCAGUAAAUAACAGGGAAGAGAAAGAGGGUGAAGAAAAAUCUGAUUUUAAAUUAAAUAAACAUUCCAGGACAAAGAGACAAACAGAAACUUACGAAUAUACUCCAACAAAAACAAGAUGUCCAUUACUAUUAGUUGCUGACUAUCGCUUUUAUCAAGAGAUGGGUGCUAGCAGUACAAAAACCACAAUUAAUUAUCUAAUAAGUUUAAUCGAUAGAGUACAUAAAAUUUAUAACGAUACUUUAUGGCAAGAACGACAAGAACAAGAUGGGUUUAAAGGAAUGGGUUUUGUUAUCAAAAAGAUCGUAGUUCACAGUGAACCUACUCGUGUAAGAGGUGGUGAAACACACUAUAAUAUGGUCAGAGAAAAGUGGGAUGUUCGUACGUUGCUCGAGGUUUUUAGUCGAGAAUAUAGUCACAAAGACUUUUGCUUAGCUCAUUUAUUUACUGAUCUUAAAUUCGAAGGUGGUAUAUUAGGAUUGGCAUAUGUUGGAUCACCUCGUAGAAACUCAGUAGGUGGAAUUUGUACACCAGAAUACUUUAAAAAUGGUUACACGUUAUAUCUCAAUUCAGGACUAAGUUCUAGUAGGAAUCAUUAUGGACAAAGAGUUAUCACAAGGGAAGCAGACUUGGUUACUGCACACGAAUUUGGACACAAUUGGGGUUCUGAACAUGAUCCAGAUAUAACGCGUUUUUCACCAUGUAGUUUAAGAUCCAUUAGAAAAGUGUUACAAGCAAAAUCAGGCCGCUGCUUUUCCGAACCAGAAGAAUCGUUUUGUGGUAAUUUACGAGUCGAAGGAGAUGAAGAAUGUGAUGCAGGAUUACUUGGUACAGAAGACAAUGAUGCUUGCUGUGAUAAAAACUGUAAACUUCGUAGAAAUCAAGGAGCAGUUUGUAGUGAUAAAAAUUCUCCCUGUUGUCAAGGUUGUGCUUUUAUGCCAUUAGGUGUAAAAUGUCGCGAUGCACAGUACGCUACAUGCGAACAAGAAUCACGCUGUACAGGAGCAUCUAGCGAAUGUCCUAGAUCCCCACCAAUGAAGGAUGGUACAGGUUGUCUCGAAAGAGGUCAAUGCAGACUUGGAAAAUGUGUACCAUAUUGCGAGACACAGGGUUUGCAGAGUUGCAUGUGCGAUACAAUUGGAGAUGCAUGUAAAAGAUGCUGUCGAAUGAGUUUGAAUGAAACAUGUUUUCCCAUAGAUCCUCAAGAUAUUUUACCUGACGGAACACCAUGUAUCCAAGGCUUUUGUAACAAGGGUGUCUGUGAAAAAACAAUUCAAGACGUAGUAGAACGAUUUUGGGAUAUCAUCGAGGAUAUAAAUAUUAAUAAAGUUAUGCGAUUUUUAAAAGAUAAUAUAGUAGGUGCUGUUAUAAUUAUUACUGCCAUUGUAUGGAUUCCCACUAGCUGCGUUAUUAGUUAUAUCGAUCAUAGACGAAUCAAAGAAAGCGAAAAGAAGUGGCGUUGGAAGCAUACAGAUGAACUUAUUCAUCCAGAUGAACAAAGACAAGUUAUUUAUAUUGGCGGACAACGGCAAAAAAUUACGCAGAUUACGCAACAAUCAUAAAUGUUUAAUCUAUAUUGCGGAUGCAGAAAUAUCGCGCAUAAGGAAAUUUCUAGUCACGAGUGUUUUGAACUUUUACGUUACAUGUGACUUUCAUUUGUUAUGUAAAUAAAGAACGUUUUUAAUAUAAAUGAUGUCAGAAAUAAAUAAAAAUGAUAGAAAAACUUCCGGAGACAAUUAAUUUUCCAAAAGAAGAGGAAAUUAUUUUAGAAUUGUGGAAAAGGCGUGAUACAUUUCAAAAUUCUCUAAAAUUGUCGAAAGGAAAACCGAAAUAUUCAUUUUACGAUGGUCCACCUUUUGCUACGGGAUUACCGCAUUAUGGGCACAUACUUGCAGGAACAAUAAAAGACAUUGUAACAAGAUAUGCUUAUCAAUCUGGUUACCACGUGGAAAGAAGAUUCGGCUGGGAUACCCAUGGUCUACCUGUCGAAUUCGAAAUAGAUAAAACAUUGAAUAUAAAAGGUCCUGACGAUGUUGCUAAAAUGGGAAUAGCAAACUAUAAUAAAGAAUGUCGAAACAUUGUAAUGAAAUAUGCAAUAGAAUGGGAAACUAUCGUAGGUAGAAUUGGCAGAUGGAUAGAUUUCAAGAAUGAUUACAAAACAUUAUAUCCUUGGUACAUGGAAUCUAUUUGGUGGAUUUUUAAGGAAUUAUACAACAAAGGUCUUGUAUACCAAGGUGUUAAAGUAAUGCCUUUUUCUACGGGUUGUAACACACCUUUAUCUAACUUUGAAUCAGGACAAAAUUACAAAGAUGUUGUCGACCCUUCUAUAGUUGUAUCAUUUCCUUUAGCGGAUGAACCAGGUGUUUCUAUUCUUGCCUGGACUACUACUCCUUGGACUCUACCCAGUAACCUGGCACUAUGUUGUAAUCCUACUUUCGAAUAUCUCGAAGUUAAAGAUCAUUCAUCCGGUAACGUGUAUAUCAUAUUAGAGUCAAGUUUAGAACUUAUUUAUAAGUCUAAAGAUUCCUAUACUAUACAAGGUAAAAGAAAAGGUUGCGACUUGAAAGGAAAAAUAUACAAUCCUCCUUUUCCAUAUUUUCAGUAUCUAAGAGAAAAAGGUGCUUUUGUAGUAUUAAAUGAUACCUAUGUCACGGCAGAAACUGGAACAGGUAUUGUUCAUCAAGCGCCAUAUUUCGGAGAAGAUGAUUACCGAUGUUGCUUGGAAGCUGGUAUUAUAACAAGAGAUCAGGAAAUCAUAUGUCCAAUUGACAGUUGCGGAUAUUUUGUAGAACCUAUAUAUGAUUUUAUUGGAAAAUAUGUAAAAGAUGCUGACAAGGAUAUCAUCAAGUAUCUUCAGGCAAAUAAAAGAUUAAUUCAUAGCAGUCUUACUAAACAUAGUUAUCCGUAUUGUUGGAGAUCCGAUACACCACUGAUAUAUAAAGCUGUACCCUCAUGGUUCAUCAGGGUAGAAGCUAUAAAAGAUAAACUUAUCACAGCAAAUAGCGAUACUUAUUGGGUACCAGAUUAUAUCAAGGAUAAACGUUUUGGCAAUUGGUUGAGAGAUGCUCGUGAUUGGGCUAUUAGUAGAAAUCGUUAUUGGGGCAAUCCAAUUCCUUUAUGGAUUUCAGAAGACAGACAAGAAACUGUAUGCGUAGGAAGCAUAGCAGAAUUGGAAGACUUGACCGGUACAAAAGUAACAGAUAUUCAUAGAGAAAGUAUAGACGAUUUGACUAUACCAUCAAAACGACCAAAUUGCUCGCCUUUACGACGAGUACCAGAAGUUUUUGAUUGUUGGUUUGAAUCUGGAUCAAUGCCGUAUGCACAAAUGCAUUAUCCUUUCGAACAUCGAAAAGAAUUUGAAGAGAAUUUUCCAGCUGAUUUUAUCGGGGAAGGUAUCGAUCAAACUCGCGGAUGGUUUUACACUUUGUUGGUUAUAUCGACAGCUCUUUUUGGGAAAGCCCCAUUUAAAAAUCUAGUAGCUAACGGUUUGGUACUCGCAUCCGAUGGACAAAAAAUGUCUAAACGUAAAAAAAAUUAUCCAGAUCCUGUGGAAAUUGUUAAUAAGUACGGAGCAGAUGCCCUUCGUUUGUACUUAAUUAAUUCUCCUGUUGUAAGAGCAGAAAAUCUACGUUUCAAGGAAGAGGGAGUUAGGGAUAUUAUAAAAGAUGUAUUUUUGCCUUGGUACAAUGCAUUUAGAUUCUUAAUGCAAAAUAUUGAAAGAUUCGAGAGAGAGGAGAAAAUUAAUUUUGUAUACGACGAGUCUAAAAAUGUCUGUUCCAGUAACAUAAUGGACAGAUGGAUUUUAUCUUUUACACAGACAUUAUUACAAUUCUUUAAACGAGAAAUGCACGCUUACAAGUUGUAUACUGUAGUACCUCACUUGAUAAAAUAUAUAGAUAAUCUUACUAAUUGGUACGUAAGAACGAACAGAAAACGUAUAAAGGGAGACGGUGGUGCAACUGAUUGUCGAGAAGCUUUGACAACUUUAUUUUCUGUUCUUUAUACGAUGGUUCGCGUCAAUGCACCGUUCACACCAUUUUUAACAGAAUUUAUGUUUCAACGUUUAGUUAAAUUACUUCGACCAUCCAACAUCAACACGGAUAGCGUUCACUAUCAAAUGAUACCAGAAUCUAAUUUAGAAUUAAUGGACGAAAAGAUCGAAAAAGCUGUAUCUUAUAUGCAAACUGUAAUUGAAUUGGGACGUGUUGUCAGAGAUAGGAAAACAAUUCCUGUUAAAUAUCCAUUGCCAGGAAUUGUAGUAAUUCAUCAAGAUGCCGAAGUAUUGAAAGAAAUAGAAUCUUUGAAAUCGUAUAUUCUAGAAGAACUUAAUGCGAAAGAAUUAACCGUUACUACGGACAAAGAGAAAUAUGGCGUUAAAUUGAGAGCAGAGCCAGAUCAUAAAAUACUUGGAGCUCGUCUUAAAGGAGAAUUUAAAUCUGUUACUCGAGCUAUCAAAGAACUUUCCGACGAAGAAUUACGAGUGUUUGUUGCAAAAAAAGAAAUUAACGUUCAAGGUCAUAAGUUAGAAGAGCAAGAUUUACGACUAACGUUCAGCUUCACAGGCCCAGCAGCUGAACAAUUAUCGAAACAAUAUGAAGCUCAUAGCGAAGGAAAUGUUUUAAUUUUGCUAGAUGUUACGCCUGACGAAAGCAUGUACAACGAAGGAGUAGCAAGAGAAAUAAUCAAUAGAGUUCAAAAACUCAGAAAAAAAGCUCAAUUAGUUCCAUCGGACGAAGCCAUCGCAUAUCAUGAAAUACAAGAUGAAAAUAGCAAUUUAGCAAAAGUUAUCGUCAGUCAUAAAAACUUCAUAGAAAAUGCAACUAAAACUCCACAAGAAAAUAUAUCGAAAAUGCGCAAAAAUGCAAAUGUAAUUAUAGAAGAAAUGCAAAAAAUUAAAGGCAUCGAUAUGAAACUUAUCUUAGUAAAGACCAGAACGGAUGAAAUUAAAAACGACGAAGCAAACGUAAAACCUUUUGUAAAAUACGUAAAUAUCGAACUUGCAGGCAUGAAGCCAAGGUUCGGAACAACCAGCUAUGUUGGAACUGUGCUGUUAGAAACUCCUAACUUACCAGUUCCUGUUUCUUACAAACAAUUGAAACAUGAAAUUGAAUUAAUAUUUGGUAUUUACGGCUGCACUUACAACUUACUCGUAGAUAACAAACCAAUAUCAGAAGAAACAAAUAUUUUAUCGUUGCACGAACAAACGAUAAAAGUAACAAAAGUAGGUUCGACCACAACCGAAACAACUACAGUAUUAAAACAACCAGCUUGUAAAUUUGUCAAUAUCAACAGUACCUUAGGAAAAGGUACUAUUCUCUUAGAAAAUCCAAAAGGAAACUUUUAUUUAAACAACACAACGUUGAAAGAACAAUUAAAUAUCUUUUUUGAUAGAUCAAACACUUUCGAACCUAUACCCAAGGUGCUAAAUAAUUUAUACGAUACGUAAGAAAUCUUUCGUUAAAAAUGAUACAGCGCCAUUGCAAUUAUCGUUUGUAAUAUUUAUCAUAACAAAUUUAAUGGUCGAAUAUCAAAAAUUAAUUUCGCAAAUGUAUUUAAAUAAACAA